AGGGUGGAAUCUUUCCCGUGUUCUUCUGAUGAGUCGGCCUUUUUGCAGCUACGAGGGUUCCAUGUCGAUGUGACAGUCUUCGUCCAGGCGAAUUGUGAAUGCACCGACGAGAAUUGAGCUGACAGCAGCAGCCACGAGUGACCUGAAUCUGGUAGAUCGGAAUUGUGAGGCGCAAGACUCGAGGAAUUUCGAACAAUGUCGGGGGCAGGAGGGAAGCUGAUCAUGGGAAUGAAUGAGGUGAAGGUGAAGAAUUUCGUUGUCGCAGGGGGCCUCUCUGCGUUCGUGGCUACCGUGUAUGUGUACACGAUGAAGGCCGUCGGCGGAACUGAUGAAUUGCAGGCUGCGGUCGAGACUUUUGAGAGAGAGAAGGCCACCAAGGCUCAAGCUCCAACCUCUACUUGAUUUCUCGUCAUGUCAGGAUAGCAUUGAUCCCCCUGGUCUCUUCUGUGUGGAAGAAGCAGGGGAAGGGUAUGGGCCAGAAAUCAACGUCUAUCAUUUAUCAAAAACAUCUCCAAUCUUCCUUCAGGAGCACCUGUGCACAGACAGUUCGCACCAAAUGUCACGAAGCACAAGAACUAAGUAUUGUUCAUAUCGUGAAGGGGUGAGGAGUUGUGGAAUCUAGCAAUCGAGAAGCAUAUUGGAUCAGACGCCUAAGGCCAGGGGAAGAGAAUUGCAGCUGUGAACCAGACUGCAGUGUGUAUAAAUGUUGUAGUGCCAAGGGUGUUGUAUAUUCUCUAUCGAGUAAAUGGAUCAUGACCUGAACAUCGGUCGUUUUAUCAUCCUACCGGUUGAAUAGGAUUGUUUGCCGUCUGGAUAGUAUCGUACAUACAUGUCAAUCCAGCAUGGAGCUUCAAUGAGCAGCAAUUGUGUCCAUUUCGUCUAUAGCACUGGCUUUGGACCUGCCACAGCUCGCAGAGUGAUUAUCUGUGGAAGUAGUUAACCAUGCCGGAGUCAUAAGUGGGGAGGAAGUGCAUGAACAUUUACAAUUGGAUUUAAGGCGUGAUAGUGGCGUGCUACUAUCUAUGGAACCGCAUUGCAAGCCUUUCCGUGGUGGCACAUGCCGAGGGAGAUGGAAACUUGUGCCUACACGCAAAGUCAUGUAUACAUGGUGCUCUGAUAAAGACGGCCCUGCAUGACAACUUUCUCUGUACUGGUU